AGGGAAGAGAAGAAGAGCGAGAGAGAAGGCCAGCUGGGGUGAAACGAGAGAGACGGGGAGAAGAAACUGUCGCGGCAGGAAGCACCGCGGAGAGGUUGGCAAGGGUGGUGGUGCCCGCUGCCGUUGGGUGGUGGUGGUUCGCCGUGACACAGUGUGGUGGAACGGAGGCGACGAAGGACACGACCGUGAGAAGAAAGAGGGUUGUUAUGGGGCGAGAAUCCCGUGGCGUGCUGCUGCUCGUCGCGCUGGCCGUGCUGGCAGCCGCGGACGCCUUCUCGACCGACAGUAAGGUAGCUUGUCCUUUGAGGCAGUUCCGAUGUGCCAAUGGCAGAUGCAUACCAAUCUCGUGGGUCUGUGACAAAUCGGACGAUUGUACUGACAAUUCCGACGAAAGCCCAGAGGAAUGCAAAAACACCCUGGAAUGCAAGGAGACGGACUUCAAGUGCAGUAACGGCAGAUGCAUACCUAAUAUAUGGCAUUGCGACGGCGACCGAGAUUGCCCAGACGGGACUGACGAGGACCCUGCUGUCUGCAGGUUGAUACCAUGCAACGAAAGGGAGUUUGAAUGCAGUCCAGGCGAGUGCAUUCCGAAGACGUGGCUGUGCGAUCAUCAGACAGAUUGCUCCAACAAUUUGGACGAGAAGGAUUGUUACAGGACCAAGACCUGUACACCGGAACAAUUCACGUGCCAUUCGGGAAAUGGCGAGUGCGUGGCAUUAACAUGGAUGUGCGACGACAACCCUGACUGUUCGGACGGUUCAGACGAGGCUGAGUGCAACGACACUUGCCGGUCCGAUGAGUUUACCUGCGCGAAUAAACACUGUAUCCAACAACUGUGGGUUUGUGACAAUGACAAUGAUUGCGGGGAUAACAGCGACGAGAAGGGUUGUGGACCGAUAACGUGUCAUCCUGGCACUGAUUUUGCAUGUUCAGAGAAUUAUUGCAUAACGUCGCGAUGGAGAUGCGACGGCGACUACGAUUGUCCGGAUCGAUCCGAUGAGAUGGGAUGCAAGGAUAUUCAUAACGGGAAGAAGAUAAGCCACUGUGAGAACAAGGAGUUCGAUUGCGACGAUGGUGUUACUUGCAUCCAUCAGACUUGGGUAUGCGACGGCGAAAAAGACUGUCCCAAUGGUGCGGAUGAAUCCCCACAGAGAUGCCACAAUGUAACUUGCAGACCCGAUCAAUUUCAAUGCGAAGAUCGACGUUCGUGUAUCUCAGGUCAUCUAUAUUGCAACGGUAAAGCCGAGUGCUCCGAUGGAAGCGAUGAGAAGAAUUGUACAAGCAAAAUCGUAAGCUGCGAUCCGCGAAUUCAGUUCGAGUGCAGCGAGGGCUCAUGUAUUCCUCUGGAAAACGUCUGCAACAAAAAUCCAGAUUGCAUCGGCUGGGAGGAUGAGAGUGCCGAGCUCUGCGGCGUGAAUGAGUGUGCAAAAAAUAACGGUGGAUGCUCGCAGAUCUGUGUCGAUUUGCCUAUUGGUUACCGAUGUGACUGUCGCACGGGUUAUAGACUAAUCGACAACCGCACGUGCGAUGAUGUUGAUGAAUGCUUGGAACCGGGUAGCUGUUCUCAGUUUUGUCAUAAUGAAAAAGGCGGUUUCAAAUGCAGCUGCGCCACCGGUUAUCUUAAAGAUCCGCGAAAUUUAACACGCUGUAAAGCCGCGGAGGGUCACGCAAGUUUGUUAUUUGCUCGUCGACAUGAUAUUCGAAAAGUAGCUCUGGAUCGUCAAGAGAUGACUGCGAUCGUUAACAAUACUAAAAUGGCAACAGCUUUGGACUUUGUCUUUCGCACUGGAAUGAUUUUCUGGAGCGACAUCAGUGAAAAGAAAAUUUACAAAGCUCCAAUAGACGAAGGAAAUGAACGCACAGUCGUUAUCGAAAACGAUUUUACCACAUCAGAUGGAUUGGCAGUUGACUGGAUUUACAGUCACAUUUAUUGGACAGACUCUGGAAAAGAUACUAUCGAAUUGGCCAAUUUCGAAGGAAAUAUGAGAAAAACUCUUAUACGAGAUCGCAUUCAGGAGCCUAGAGCGAUAGCACUGAAUCCAUUGGAAGGUUGGAUGUUUUGGACAGACUGGAGCGACGAGGCUCGUAUUGAACGAGCUGGCAUGGAUGGUACUCGUCGAUCGGUGAUUGUCGGCAAUGAUGUUAAGUGGCCUAAUGGGUUAGCUUUAGACUUGAUUGGCAAGAGAGUAUAUUGGGUAGACGCAAAAUUGAACAUCAUAGGUUCCUGUAAUUACGACGGAACCGGCAGACGAACAGUACUAUAUUCUCCCGAAAGCCUUAGGCAUCCCUUCAGUAUAACAACCUUCGAGGAUUAUGUAUACUGGACCGAUUGGGAUAAGGAAACGAUUUUUAAAGCUAACAAAUUCACCGGCAAGGAAGUAGAAGCUGUUACGUCAAUCAGAACGCUUCAACAUCCAAUGGUAGUCCAUGUAUAUCAUCCUUACAGACAGCCUGAUGGAAUGAAUCAAUGUCAAGCUGUCAAUGGACAUUGCAGUCAUCUGUGUUUGCCCGCACCUAAAAUCAACUCUAGAUCACCACUAUUAUCGUGCGCCUGUCCGGACGGUUUACGGUUAUUACCUGAUGGAUUGAUGUGCGUGGAAAAUGUUACUACGACCAUAGCGCCGUCUACGCAAACACCCAUGAUGCCGUUCCAGAGGCUCAAACCUCUGAAUGUUACAACGACUGCCAAUCCAUUAUCGCCAGGAGAUGCAGAAAGAAAAGGAAACUCAAUAGCUGAAUCAACAGAUCCUGGUUUAGUCGCCGGCAUCGUAAUAGGCGUAGUGUCGUUAGGACUGUUAUUACUCGCACUUGUUGCAGUGCUGUGCUACAGGCAUUAUCUUCAUCGUAAUGUUACUAGUAUGAACUUCGAUAAUCCCGUCUAUAGAAAAACUACAGAAGAUCAGUUUAGUCUUGAGAAAAACAGAUUCCCACUCCCUGCAGCUACAGUUGGAGAAGAGGCUCAAGAACCAUUGACAAGUCCUGGAACAAAUGAUUAUGUUUAAGACUCAGUCUGUCAAUAUAAAAGAUUCAACAGGCUACAGAAGUACUAUAUCGACCAAGUGAUAAAAUCAUGUAAAGAAAGACAAGGUAUUUGCGUUGAAAGAGCCUGUCCAAACGCAUGCCUGCGCUCGCUCGCAAGCCUGCCAACCAACUGUGAUUAUGUUAAUUUUUUUUGUAUCUCUAUUUCUUUACAAACUUUAGCACUUUGUCACUCAAAUAUAUGUAUAUUAUGCGUGCAACAUUUAGAUUUGCUCUAGGACGUAAAGGGAGAAAUAUCUAGAGAAACUGUUGCCAAAUAAGUGAUCUAUCUUCAUGUAGCCAAAUAGUUUAAUAACAACUUAAAUCGCCUUUUCGGUGUGGCAUACCCAUCAUUUCUUUAUCCAAUGUUUUUUUUAUGCUUCUUCCAUUGCUUAUAACUUUUUUAUUAAUAAAGAUAUAUUUGCUU